AUGGCAGAAAGAGAUCAAGUUAGGCCAUUAGCACCGGCGUCUGAAAGAAUUAGCAGCGACGACGAAGAAAUCGCCCUACAAAACGUCAAAAACCUCAAAAAAAGAAGAUGCAUCAAGUGCUGUGGCUGCAUAGCAGCCGUUAUCCUCAUUCAAGCAGCUGUAGUUGUCAUCUUAAUCUUCACCGUAUUCAAAGUUAAAGACCCCAUCAUAAGAAUGAACAAUGUUAUCGUCACAAAACUCGAACCAAUAAACGCAACCAUGCCACUGCCCCGGCCCGGCUCCAACAUGUCCAUAACAGCAGAUAUUUCUGUCAAGAAUCCUAACUAUGCGUCCUUCAAGUUCCCGAACACAUCCACCACUCUUUUCUUACAUGGGACCGUGAUCGGCGAUGCCCAGGGGCCACCCGGAAAGUCGAAGGCACGACGCACGACUCGCAUGAAUGUAACAGUGAAUAUUAUUGCUGAUAGAAUACUGUCACAGCCUAGUUUGGGUGAUGAUAUAAAUUCUGGUUUGAUUGCUAUCGAUAGUUAUACUGUGGUAGGUGGAAGAGUGAAGUUAAUGAAUAUUAUCAAGAAACAUGUUACUGUGAAGAUGAAUUGUACUGUGAGUAUCAAUAUUACAACCCGAGCAAUUCAAGAACAGAAGUGCAAGAGGAAAGUCAAGCUUUAG